UUUUCAAUCCAACCAUGGUGCACGUAAGCUUAGAAAAGCUGGAAAAAGCCGGUGGUUAGGCAGACGCCCCAUUGUUCGUGGUGUUGCAAUGAAUCCAGUGGAUCAUCCUCAUGGGGGAGGCUCGGGGGAACUUGUCCCCCCAUCUCUUGCGGAAAACGAGGCAGCUCAUCCCGCUCAACCGCUUACCACUCGAGAGCGGGAGAGCGCUUCUUGCUCUAAUUCUCAGGCGCGGGCCCGUCUGCAGCGGUAUUACACCAACUACCACUUCUGGUUCCGGACCUGGACCCAGAAAUUCUCGCAAACCGGAUUUGGCUCUACAAAGAGCAUGCGUCAAAAGAUGCAAACGAAAUUCUUCAAAUAG